AUGAAGAAACAGAGAAAAGAAAAAGCACAGAGAGAAAAUGGGAGAGGAAACACACCUGAGAUGGAGCUUGAGAGAGAUGCCAAUCCAAGCAGUCAGAAGCAACGAAAGUUAGAAGGUAUGACACCUCCUACUUUGCCAUUACCAUUAAUAGACACCAACAAACCUUUGCUAAUGACAUCUGUAUCUAGUUUUGUGAAAACCAUUAAUCCUAAAGCAUUAGAUGGUACUAAUGAGUUAGUGACAUUAUUUGUGGACAAUGAACUUGAAUUGCCAAGUUCUAUUAUUUCCCUUUUGAAGGAGUUUGGAGAUGUCUUUCCAAGUGAGAUUCCAAGUGGACUACCACCUAUUCGAGGGAUAGAACAUCAAAUUGACUUUGUUCUAGGGGCUGCCAUACCAAAUAGACCAGCUUAUAGGAGCAAUCCCGAAGAAACAAAGGAGCUGCAAAAACAGGUAAGUGAUUUGCUUGAUAAAGGAUACAUUCGUGAGAGUUUAAGUCCAUGUGCUGUUCCUGUUUUGUUGGUACCUAAAAAGGAUGGUUCUUGGAGAAUGUGUGUUGAUUGUAGGGCUAUAAAUAAUAUUACCAUCAAAUAUAGACAUCCCAUCCCUAGAUUAGAUGAUAUGCUUGAUGAAUUGCAUGGUGCUUGCAUGUUUACAAAAAUUGAUCUUAGGAGUGGUUAUCACCAAAUUAGGAUGAAAGAAGGUGAUGAAUGGAAAACCGCAUUCAAAACUAAAUAUGGACUGUAUGAAUGGUUAGUUAUGCCUUUUGGAUUAUCCAAUGCACCUAGUACUUUCAUGAGGCUUAUGAAUCAUGUAAUGCGUCCAUUUAUUGGUUUUGUAGUAAGUGCUGCAGGAAUCAAAGUUGAUCAAGCUAAGGUGAAGGCAAUCCAAGAGUGGCCGGUUCCUACUUCCAUUACCCAAGGUCAAGGAAAGCUCAACCGAAGGCAUGCUAAGUGGAUUGAGUUUAUUGAAACAUUUCCAUAUGUGAUUCGCUACAAAAAAGGUAAGGAAAAUGUGGUUGCCGAUGCAUUAUCCCGAAGGUAUGUGCUCUUUUCUACCUUAGAUGCUAGAUUGCUUGGAUUUGAACAAUUGAAAGAACUCUAUGAGCAUGAUAGUGACUUUGGAGAAAUUUUUAGAACCUGUUUGAAACAUGGAUUUAAUAAAUUUUACAUAUUUGAGGGAUAUUUGUUUAAGGAAAACAAACUUUGUGUGCCUAAUUGUAGUAUUAGGGAAUUAUUGGUUCGGGAAGGACAUGGGGGUGGCUUAAUGGGUCAUUUUGGUAUUUUAAAA